UCUUACCUAUGCACAAACCAUGGCUCCUUUCAAAUGUCCAAGGACCCUACAUCGCAAUGCAGACCAUUCACCAGCCCUCUGCCUGCCGGAUAGCUCGUCGCCGGUGGCAUUAUCAUGAUCAGACAUGCCGGAGCCUUUGCAUUGCUCUUCCCGGUUUUCCUUGCCAUAGCAAAGGCUUCCACAUUCACGAUUGCCAACAACUGCCCGUACACCAUAUGGCCGGGGAUCCUAGCGGGCGCCGGCUCGCCUGACAUAUCACCGACCGGGUUUCGGCUGGAAGGGGGUGCAAGUUAUACUGUUACAGCGUCACCGGCGUGGUCAGGCCGGCUCUGGGCUCGAACAGGUUGUGAUUUUGAUGGUGCAGGCAAUGGUGUGUGCCAAACUGGUGACUGCGGCGUUGGACUUGAGUGCAAGGGGCGUGGUGCGCAGCCGCCGGCGACUCUGUUUGAGGUCACCCUCGGGAAUGGUGAAGCAGAAGAUUUCUAUGAUGUUAGCCUCGUCGACGGAUAUAAUUUGCCGAUGAUUGUGGAGCCACAGGGCUUAGAUGGAGGCUGCAAUGUCACCGGCUGCACAACCAAUCUGAACUCAGGUUGUCCAAGGGAGCUGCAGGUCGUGGAUGGUGAUGUAGUCGCGUGCAAGAGUGCUUGUGGUGCAUUUGGGCUUGACCAGUACUGCUGCAGUGGAAGCUUUGCAAGCCCCACACUGUGUAGACCAUCCUACUAUUCCACCAUCUUCAAGAGCGCAUGCCCUAGAGCAUAUAGUUAUGCAUUUGACGAUGGGACAAGCACCUUCACCUGCAAGGCCGUGGCCUACACCAUCACAUUUUGCCCUACGUUUGACCGGUCAAGGAGGUCGAAUGGAGCUCUGUCCAACCAACCCCCCUCGCUUGCCAAGAAGCAGGACAAUAAUUUGGUCUCUUCGUCAAUGCGACAGACAGUCAGCAGCCACUUACUCUUGGUCGCCAUAAUAAUUUCCAUAAGCAGAUAUUUUGGCCCGUGAUCACAUAUCAAAUGUGAACAGAAGAAGUGCAGUAUACUUACUUGAAUGAAGCACAUGAUUCUUUACCAAUCUAUUCUCGACGCAUGUAUUUCGUUGCUUCUGUGCACGUACCCGUGUGCCUAACAGACUCAUUCGUGACAUGUCCUCAAGAGAAAAACCUCAGAAUAAUGUUAUAAAUUUGGAGAAAAUG